GCCAUAUCAAAACCUUGUAACUAUAUUUGAAGAAUAGUCGAUUGUUUUUGCAGUGCCCAAAUAUUUGCUUGGAGGAAAAAAGUUAUUAGGAAUUGUGUUGUCCCAGUCCAUUAGAUUCAGAAAAUAUGAUAAAAUAAGAUUCGCCACCUGUAAUUUUCUUCUGUCAAGGGCAUCCCGAUGGAGGAUCUACCUACUCUGUUUUAUCAACAAUCAUGCUUCUUCAAGGCAGAUUUGGGGAAUCUAAGCACGAUGUGCAUUUCCGAAAUUGAAAACCUGUUUUUAUUACGUUAUUCCAAAAGACUUGCCGUCUACAGGCGUCUACAAUUCUUUUUGUUGAACCACCAAGUCAACUGCUCGGCAGUUGUAUCAACCAUUACAGAGUUGAACGGACCAUUAAAAAAUCACAGUUACAGUUAUUUUGUUUUCAAACUUGUCAGUUAACUCUGAUAAAAAAAGCAACUUAAAACAUCGUAGACAUUUCCAAUCGGAAAUCAUCAAACGUAAUACACAGGUGAACGAGAUAGACCAAAAGGUUAGGGCAUAUUUUUAGAGGCCCCGCGGGAGAGAGAGAAAAAAAGCUGACCACGGCCCCCAAGGAACUACACGGGCAAGCCCAUAAUGAAUGGACCAAUGAGAGCAGUUAGCUCCAGGUGUUUUAGUUUUGCAUCCGUCACCAUGAAAUCGCGACGAAGUUGGUCUGUGACAGCGUCUGACCUUGCCAGAAACACCUUCAACCCAAUCCGGACUGUGGUGGAAUCGAUGAAAUUGACGCCCAAUCCCGAGAAACCUAUGAUUGCCUUGUCUAUUGGUGAUCCGACGAUAUUUGGAAAUCUGUGCCCGUCGGAGGAAAUUGUCGAGGCCGUCGUCGAGAGUGUUCGCUCCAUGAAAUACAACGGCUAUGCUCCCAGCACUGGCUAUGAAGAAUCUCGCAAAGUUGUGGCGUCUUAUGUCUCCGUACCUGGAGCCGCUGUUGAGGCUAAGGACAUAAUUUUAUGCUCUGGCUGCUCUUGUGCCCUUGAUCUGUGCAUUUCUGUAUUGGCCAACCCGGGACAAAAUAUUCUUGUGCCUCGUCCCGGAUUUCCACUGUAUAGAACGUUGGCGGAAGGAUUGGGCAUCCGAACCAAAUUUUACGAUUUGAAGCCGGAAAAUGGUUGGGAAGUCGACCUGGAGCAACUGGAAGCACAAAUUGAUGACCAAACGGCGGCUAUCGUGCUCAACAAUCCAUCUAAUCCAUGCGGAUCCGUGUACAGCCGUGAACAUUUGAGUGCCAUUCUUCAAAUUGCAGCUCGCAAUUUUGUUCCCAUUAUUGCAGAUGAAAUCUACGACUACUUUGUAUUUCCGGGACACGAGUUUCAUCCGGUUGCUUCGUUAACGAAUGAAGUUCCCAUUCUCACUUGCGGAGGAUUGACUAAAAGGUAUCUUAUACCUGGCUGGAGAAUGGGCUGGAUUGUUGUGCACGACAGGAACGAAGCACUAUCACAAGAGGUUAGGAAAGGGUUGCAGAGCCUUAGUCAGAGAAUUAUCGGCAGUAGCACCGUCCUGCAAGGUGCCCUUAGUCGAAUUCUGACGCAAACACCACCCGAGUUUUUCCAGUCAACCAUCGCACAAGUUUACGAUAACGCCCAACUGGCACAUCAACUACUGUCUGGCUUGCCUGGAAUGAAACCAAUCAUGCCUUCCGGGGCAAUGUACAUGAUGGUUGGUGUAGACAUGACCAAUUUCCCCGAGUUUGAAAACGACUUGCAAUUCGUGGAACGGAUGGUUACGGAACAAUCUGUCUUCUGUCUUCCCGGACGAUGCUUCGAUUACCCCAACUAUUUCCGCAUCGUCUUAACGGUACCCGAGCUACAACUGCGUGAAGCUUGCCACCGUAUUGGCCAAUUUUGCACGUCCCAUUUUGUGGCGCCCAUCAACCUGGGAAAAGAAGAAGCAAUGUCCAACAACCACAUUCACCACGAGCUGCACAAUGGAAUUGUCACAAUCAUAGAGCCUUGACACCUUAACGAGAAAAAAACAGAUUUGAUUUUGGAAUAUUUUUAUCAGUAGUCUUCUACUAGUAGGCGUUUUUGCAUCGGUUCGUGCAGAAACGGAAAUUUUUGCCGUCCACUUUCACCCGGUACAACAUACAACUCUCCCAUCCAUUCACCAGUGGAUCACCUGGACGCAAACGUAUUUCUAUUUUAUAAGGUGCGAUAUUCAACGAUUUAAAGUUUCGGAAGAUUUUUAAGGUUUUGACAAAAAGUUAAUAGCUACUAUUAUAUACAAAUUCUUGCCGAUUAUGUAACGUUACAGACUAAGUAAUGUUACAAGCCUAAAAUAAGAAAACAAAACCCAAUACAAUUUUUUAAGACUAAA